AUGUCGUAUCAGCAGCCGCCGCCCUAUGGCUUCCCCAACAACGCCGCCGGUCCAACCUUCAAUGGUGCCGCCCCACCACCGCAGAACCUUCACAUCCAGACCGGACAAGACUUAGGCCAGCCGCCGCAGUCUAUGAUGUACGCUCCGCAGCAACAGCAGCAGCAGCAGCAAUACGCAAUGGCUUCCUCCCACGGCCAUUUCCCACCAGGUCCUGGCAUGAUGCCGACACCUGGGCCCGGAGCCGCCGGCAUGAUGCAGCAGAAUCCUCCCGGCAUGAUGCCGUCUCACAUGCCACCGAAUGGCCAGAUGUCGUACCAGACGCCCUACACAACGUCUCAAUACGGCGUCGGCGUGCCCUCACCCGCCCAACCUCAGAUGCCGGGCAACUUCAAUCCCAUGGCCGGCCCGAUGCCAGGCUACCCGAUGAAUGCGCAGGCAAUACAGCAGCAGCAACAGCAGCAGCACAUGAUGCAGCAACAGCAACGAAUGCACCAGUCACAACAGCACCACCCGUCCAUGGGGCAAGGUCACCAGCAAAGGGCGUUCAAUCCAAUGGCCGCUCAGGCGCAGGCGCAAGCCAGUCCCAACACGAUCUCGUCUCAUCCAGGACAGUUUCCUCCUCCACAGCAGCCUCACCAGGCUGCAAAGCAAGCGCAAGCGCAAGCGCAGCCGCAGCCGCAGCAACAACCUCAGCAGCAACCGCAACAGCAACAGCAGCAACAACCCCAGCAGCAUCAACAACAACAGCAACAGCAACAGCAUCACCAGCAACAACAACAACCACAGCCACAUCAGCAACAACAACCACAGCCACCACAACAACAUUCUCAGCAGCAACCAAGCAGUGCGACUGUGACCACGCCCCAGACGCCGACUUUCCCACAGAUGGGACCUAGCGGCAAUCCGCUCGAUGCACCCAUUGCGCAAACACCACUCAGUCCAGGAGCGCAUGCACGAGAGCAAGAGCGUAUCGCCACUAUUCUCGAGAUCAACAACGAGCUCAUGUACGAAGCAUUGGUACUCCAAAAUACUCACUUUGCGCACAAAGCCGAAAACGACACGAAAGACCAAGCGGGCAAUCCUAUUCCCAGAGAGCCUACAGCGGUGGAGCAGCCGAUAAAUAACGAUCUCUUACAUGUUAUGAGGCGGUUGCAAUCAAACAUAGCAUACUUGAUGACUCUGACGGACCGCAAGACGGUGUUGCCAUGUCCAGCUUAUUUAACACCACCGCCAGCAAACCUGACGAUUAAGCUCAGGAAUAUACCGCCGAAAUCCGAUGGCUCAGAGGAGGCUGCAGAUCCUCACGUUGAUCGUGAAGAGAGGGUCAACCUGGUUAGGGCACUGUACGAACGCCUGCAAACGCUUUAUCCUGGUGUGGACUACUCAAAAGAGCCAAUAUACGGACAGAAGAUGCAGGAAACGAUGCAGGGGCAGACACCCCAGGGUCAACCGCCGCCGGCGCAGAUGCAAGGACAGGACAUGGCCAGCCUCAGAUGCACAUGCAAAAUCAGCAUAACCUACAAGCUAUGGGUCAAGGCCAGGCUGCCCAAAUGCACAUGUACCAGAACCAUCAGGCUCACAGAAAUCCAAACCAAGCGGGCCCGGGGAUGGCUCCUCAGCCAGGCUCUCGUGGCACGCCUCAAAUGUCCCAUAUGGGCAUGCCCGGUCAGCAGAUGGCACCACUUCAGUCCAAUUAGGGAUAUGGACUUUACGGUGAAGAAAGCGAGCAGGCUGAACAUUUUGAACUGGGUGGCAGUCCGAGCCUGCAAGGGCUAUACGGUCACGUCCUUGCACAUCUUCAAUUUGACAGCCCGUUUGCUUAUGGGAUUAGCUACUGGGAUGGCCAAACCUAUGGCAUCGAUCCUGCGGAAACCUACGGGUCUGGCUCUGUUCAAGCAGGCAGCCAGUACUCUACCACUGAUCCAGACGAGCUUUUUGGCGAGGCAAUACGUUUCGAGUGGUAGUUGA